ACUAUAAACAAACCAGCAUGGCUGAUGAUUUGGAUGAUGAGUGGUGGGAAACAGACAAUCGUGGAAGAGAAGAAGUGUCAGAACAAGGUAGUACCGAUGAUGAAGGACAGGAGAAUGAAGAGGAGGGACAAAAACAGAAGACGAUAAAGAGGCCGCUUGAUUCAAAUGAAGACCAAGAUGAUGGCCCUAAAAAGAAAAAGAAGCAUAGAAGAAAGAAAAUUACCUCAGAAUUGAAAGAAACAGGAGAUAAUUCUAGGGCCACUUCUACAGAUGUAGUGAAUGUGAUAUCAAAAUAUUUUGAUGGAAAACUUUCAGCAGUGGAAUGGGAUGAACUUAAACUUGAUCCAAAUAGUGACUUUUAUGCCAGCAGUGAGGGAGACCACACUCCAAGUUCUUACCUAAGAACCAUUUUACCAAAGUGGAAAAAACUGGUCCAAACGAGUCAACUGAAGCCUGGCUCUCCCUUGGUUCUAAUCAUUACAUCAUCAGCCAUAAGGGCUGUUCAUCUCAAUAGGAGUAUAACUGAUUUUAAGACGGAGGAUUGUAAAUGUGCCAAACUAUUUGCAAAGCACUUCAAGAUAGAAGAGCAAAAAAAGUAUCUCUCCAAGAAUGUGUGUCACAUAGGACUUGGUACCCCCAACAGAAUCUGCAGUCUAUUAAAGAGUGGGUCACUUCACCUGGACAGUGUAAAGAGUAUUGUACUGGACUGGAAUUGGAGAGACAAGAAAUUUAAACGAAUGACAGACAUUGUGGACACACGAAAAGACUUGAUGCUGUUACUGCAGACCUCUCUGGUUCCUCACAUACACGCCAGCAAGUGUAAAAUAGGAAUACUCUGAGGAAACAGACAAAGGUGUUUAAAUCUCUCACACUUAUUUACUGUUGGUUUUAACAUUGGUUUAAAACCGAUUUUAUUGUAGACCUGCUUACACAAUUGUAUUGUUUAUAAAAGUUCUUUAAUAUAAAAAUCAUUAUGGUUAAUA